CCAUUGUGGGGAAGUAUGCCAGGCAGCCUCACACUGAGCAGUUGUGAUUUUCAACUUGCUUUUGGCGGACAUUUAGAUGCGGACAUCUGAAUUGUCCCGUAAUUAUGAAUUAGUUAUGGUCUAGGCCAUUUUUUUCCCCCUGCACAGUACUGAGCGGCGCAACUUAUCUCGGAUCUUCAAUUAACCAUUGCAAUAUACGACCUAAUAUUCUCAACUCCACUCAGCUCAUCCAUUCACCUACUCUAUGUCCCAUACCUAGUGUGAAACACCGGGACAGGUCUUUUCUCUACAGCAAGAUGAGUUUGAUGACAGAAAUACUCUGCAUGGAACGGUUUACAUGGCAACUCCUCUUCGGAGUCCAUGAAGAGGUCAUUAGGCGAAAGCUCAGCAAUAGCGCGGCCCUGGAAGCACUAUCCAGAUUCUGUGUCACGGACGAGAGUAGGCUGCAGAUCGAGGCAGAGCUCGAGGCUCAUCUCUUACCUCUUACAAGGCAGCACGAGGAGGUACCGCCACCAAAGCCAAGGACACGAUUCAGUGUUCCUCCGAAUACAAAGUCGCACUGGAAGACGGUCAAAAAGCUGAACGGCAUAUGUGCCGAGACUUGCAUCAGAACAGCCGAUUUGAUAUCGCUGUCGUUGUGGACCAUGGUCGAGCUCUACCAAGCCCUCAUUGCAAACCCAACUCAGUACCCUUCGGCCAGGCAUCUCCAACAGAUUCUAGCCUACGUCAGUUACCCCAUUCGCAUAUGGGCCGAAACUGCAGACGGGCAAGAGUACAGGGGUCUCUACAGGCCAGAACUGAAGAGGAACGACCGACGGCUUGCACGAGCCGCCCAUAUGCAGUACUGUGGGCAAAUCUUGUUGAUAGUCUGCAGGAUGACUUGGCCAGAUGACCAACUUGAGUGGAUCGAACAGCAACAGAUCAUAUUUGACAAGGAGGUCGAAGAUUUUUCUGAAGCUUUCAUCUUUGACGGGAGUCUGACCUACAAAUACAUCCUGGAGGUGCGCAAGACAGUGCUGGACAGUGGUGGCCCAAGAUCAAGCUUCAUCAUUUUGCAGAAACUGGACAGAUACUGUAAAUCCAGGAGUGGGGUCUUCGGAGCUCAGCAUGCGGAGGUACCCAGUUUAGCUAGAACUAGAGCUCAUCGAGCUCCACCGUCGUCAAAAUACAACUCCCGCCAUCACGGCCGCGCCUUUCUUAUACCUCCGCAAGUCUGUCUCUUGUUUCGAUGCAUCAAUCCUAAUCGACCACGACCAUCGACCAUGGGCUUCCAGUGGCGUUUCCCAUCCGAGCCGGCAGAAGCGAACUUGACUUCUCGCGCGUUACAAGACCCAGAGCUGCAGCAACAGCUGCAGCAGCUAAAGCAGAUCAGAGAAAAGGAACAAAGGCUUUUGCAAGAAUGCCGCCAGUCCCUCGACACCUGGUUUGGCCCGCGAUCCUUCAGACAGCUCGGCCUCUUCUUCGCCGGUGCGGGCUUCCUCGCCUGCACCGUCGGCAUCACGCGCCGCGCCGUUCUUCGCAAGCAGGUGGCUGCGGCACCCAAGUUCUUUUCCCCCAGCAAAUACAUCAAACCGGAACCACGCGUCGAUGCAAAGGGGAACACGACAAAAGUCAUCGACCCAGAAGCCGAAGGGGGUCCGUUAGCCGUCCAGGCCCUGGGCUUGGCAACAUUGAACGUCUUUAGUUUUGCCAUAAUGAUGACGGGCGGCCUGAGCUGGGCCUUUGACAUAUCGGGUAUGGAUGAUCUGCGCGUCCUAGCAAGGAGGAAGAUUCACACCGGGGAAGGCGACCCAGAUCCGGGGGGCGAAAAUGAGAUUGAGGACUGGAUGUCCAAUAUGAUGCUCGGCAAGGAUUCAAGUGACCAAGACACCGCCACAGGCGGUAAUACCACGGAGCCGACACCAUAG